CCUUGCUCACUCAUAGCAUCUGUUUCCUGCUGUUGAGAAAUAAGUUCAAACAGUUGCAGAAUAUAUAUAUUGCACACGAACGAACACACGCACACACAUAUGGGACCUUUGGGAUUUCCCAGCACUUCUGUUGCAUGUGAUAUUAUAAUAGACUCCUCCUUCCACAAACGUAAUACAGUAUGAUCUUAAGUGUUGUCCUGAAACUUUUUUCCUCCAGAAGAGUAAAAAUAAUCACAGUGGACACUUCUGAAGAAGCCACAUUGAGAUCAUCUGGACUUGCGGGAUAAAAACAUGAGAAGAAAAGGUCCUCAUUCCCCAUCAACUGCUAGUUGGAUUAAUUUAUAAAACCACGAAUGGAGGUUUCCUGUGUUGUUUUCAGUUGAGUUUAUGGAAUUCAGCCUGCGGUGAAAACGGUUCAAGUCACAGCAUGUAAGAGGCAUCGUUCCCACAGAUUGGCCUUCUACUGAUGGACAUUGCACGUUAUUACAUGGUGGCCAAACCUUGGACUCAGCCAAGAACAUCCAUCAUGGCUGCGGAUGAGGACACCAUGAUUACCUCAAUGAUAACCAAACUUGAUGAAAAUGGAACCCUAUUUGCACUUCGCAAGCAAACUAAGACAUGUUAUGUGGAUUCUGAGUUCAGAUAUCUAUUGUUUACUGUGUACUAUAGCAUCAUUUUCAUUCUGGGCUUUGUAGCGAACAUCUACGUGCUCUGGCUUUUCAGUCGGCUUUAUGCUAGGAAGAAAUUAAAUGAAAUAAAAAUAUUCAUAGUCAACUUAACAAUGGCUGACUUACUUUACCUGGUUACACUCCCAAUGUGGAUUGUUUAUUACAACAACAAAGGGAACUGGAUCAUGCCCAGCUUUCUGUGUAAUAUAGCUGGCUACUUAUUUUUCGUCAAUACAUACUGCUCUGUGGCCUUCCUGGGAGUCAUAACGUACAAUCGUUACCAAGCCGUCACAAAGCCCAUUUCAACCAUUCAAUCCAGCACACGAAGAAGAGGAAUUUAUGUUACAUUGGCUAUCUGGGUCCUAAUAGGUGUUCCUUCCAUCUACUUUUUAGUUGAUGAUGGCACAACCGCUGAGGGGAAUCUGAUUCGCUGUUUUGAGCGCUAUGACAUCACCACCAAUACAACUCCUAUUUUUGCCUUCCAUGUGAUUAUUUGUAUUUGUUUCUUCAUUGCUUUCCUGCUUGUCUUGGUAUGCAAUACUUUCAUUAUCCGGACAUUGCUUUCAAAACCAGCACAAACUCGGAGGAGCACCCGUGUCAAGCAACGGGCUCUUUGGUUAGUGACCGCAGUUUUGACUGUCUUCAUUCUCUGUUUCGUGCCUCACCACUUGGUGGAUCUACCCUGGACUUUGAUAGUUCUGGACAUGUGGGACAUAAGCUGCCAAAGGCAAAAACUAUUAAAUGAUAUCCACCAGGUUACCCUUGUUCUUCUGGGUGCCAACUGUGUCUUGGAUCCUAUCAUUUAUUGUUUUCUCACAAAAAAAUUCAGGAAACAUCUUUCUGAAAAUUUGAAAAGCAUAAAAGACAGUCGAAAAUGUUCCAGGCACACAACUGAGACUGGAAUGGAAGGGAUGGUACAAUUAGACGAUUGUUUUCCUGCAUCCCCAAAACCUUAGAAGUAUUUUGAAUGCAGCACGGAGGAAGGUACUUCCAUAACAGCAAAAAAGGCCAGAAACCAUACAUUUGGUUAUAAUUUGCAUAUGUUAAGGGACAUACAUAUACAAAUUAGGAAAUACAAUAUGCUUCCUUAUAAAAAGCAAAGAUGAUAAAUGGGAACUUUGUGUGUCUAUUUGACUUGCUGCCCAGAUGCUAACUAAAGAUGGCCAGCUUCUGGGGCCUACUUUUCAUCCCUAAGGAAAUGGACUGAACAUCUACAUUGAGAGACCUUCUGAUUGAAAAUUGUGAAGUGGAAUGAAAUGAUAACUUUUUUACAGAAGAACAACAUUUACUUAUCAGUAACAAGUAAAAGUUAAUGACUAGCAAGACUUCUUGACAAUUUAGGGUUGCAACUCUUGUCUAAAAAAACAGCAAAAACCGGAGGCUGUAUAACACAAAUGCAGGAUCUCUGAAGGAGAUGCCAUAACUCAAAUGAGAUGACUUUGGGUAUUUGGGAAAGAAUUUGUGAAUCUCUUAUUUGAAAAAUGGAUAUUACAUUGUUACAGUUGUGAUGUAAUAUAUAUUUGAUAAUCGGUAUUUUUUUUGUUUUCAUCCUGAAGUACUUCUAAACUCUUGGCCAUCAUUUGACACAUAUUGUUCUAAGCUAGGCUUCCUUAGAAAGUAUACAGCACAAUCUUAGUCCCAGCAAACCUUUUUUAUUCAUAUGGCUGUGAAUUAUUACCAUUCACAGUCCAAAAGGCUUCUCAAACAGUCUUUCAGGGGAAUGUUUACAAACCCCCACCCUAUCUCCCUUGAAAUGUUGCCAGAGAACUAAUUGCCAAAUGCAGGGCAAGGCUAAACUUAGCAGAGUCAAACAGAACUUUCCAAAGCUUUAACGACCAGAUGAACUAAUUGCUUCCUGCAAAAGCUCACAUCCCGUUAGCUUUCUUUUAUGUCUUACGGGAGGGGCCAAUCAUCUCCAAGCCUUAUUCCUGCCGACCCUGUUUUCUUAAUUGUUCCUGUCUUCUGGCAGCUCUCCGCACAUGCACACUGGAAACAGGCUCCCGCUGUUCUUCUGCCUCACUGUCAGAUUCUGGAGACUCCGGAGGCAGCAAAGAACUACCAGAUGGCCUUGGCCCCCUCUCUGCCUCCUACUCGCCCUCGUCCGAGCCUUCCCCAGACUCCAGGACUGGCUCUCUGGAGUGAGCCUCUUGUACACACGAAGGUUGUUCUUGAUUUAGAAUGCUGAAUAUGAUAAGGAAUGUUUGGCUUUCUUAGGAGACCUAACUGUUGCCUAGUAUUUCACUUCUAUCCAUUGCUUUGUAAUAGACUAACCUUAAAAUGUUCAAAAAUACAAGUAGUAAUGAUUGUUUUAUGAAAUCUCUGAAUUAGUAGACAUAUGACUUUUAUAAUGUUGUGCAAUGAAGGAGUAUGGUUCACUAAUGAAAAAGUGAUGACAAAUAAAGUAUUUAUAGCCAAUAAAUACUGUCCAUUUUUUUAAAGAUAUAAACGUAUCAGUAUCUCUAUUAUUGUACCAAAGACUAUAAAAGACAAGCAUAACCUAGUUGGUGCGGGAAGGGAAAAAAAUUGAAAUGUAUAGCUGGUAACACUUUUAUUAGAGCCAUAAUUUCAGAAAAGAUUAUCCAAGAUUUAAAGCUCUCCAGGCUUUCAACUUUAAUAUAAUUUUUGGUCUCUGUUGCUGGAAAAGCCUUUUGGAUCAUACCUCUGGCAGAAAAUUGGCUAAAUAGGUGAUUGAGUUAUGGGCAGAGGGAGAAGGGUAGCAGAAGGAUACACUCAGCAGCUGUAGAAAGUGACCAGGCUGAGGGAGGAUUCAAACGCAUCAUCAAUCUCUUAGUGCCCAUACGCGAUCUAAGUCCAGCCCACCUUGACUUCCUUAUUUACUGCCAAAUUACUUUAACUGCUAGUUCGAAUUCUUGUAGACCACUUAAGCUUGCAAUAAAUUUG